AGCCUAGGGGGUCUUAGGUUGGCGGCGAUGGGCUCGGAGGGCGGGUGGCCUUGGCUUGUGCUGCCACUGCCGCCGCCAACGACCUGCCAUCGGUGUCCUGCGUAAGGUCCGGCUGGCACGGACUUGCCUGUGAGGUGGGAUGGACUGGUUGCCGGACCAAGUCCCCUGCAGUUGACAGGAGUAUGAGGCGGAGUGAUGCACGCCCAGUCGCCCAGCAUCGUUCUAGUUGUCAGAGACGUCGCUUCAGACCGUACGCCGACUGUGGCUUCGUUCCAGAGCCGGGAGCCUCUUUUUCGCGAUUGGAACUACGCUGUGCGGCCAGCGGGGAGUCCCCAAGGACAGAGUCGAAAGGUCAUAUCUUAUCUGUCAGUGCUGUGUAACAGCAUCUCGACUGCACCUGCAGAAUCCGAACUAGAUCCGUAAUGCCUCCUGCCUGGCUCUUCCAGGAUGGAGGGGAAGCCUGUGGGAGAGCCUGCUCAUGUGUUGUCUAAACUCAAACUUUCCACCAAGGCAGAAAACACAGGACCCUGGCUGGUGGAAGACCAUGCUCGCAUAUGGGAUGUUUUAAAGACAGAGGAGAGCUCGAUUCAGGACUGGGGUGAAGAGGUAGAGGAAGGAGCUGUUUACCAUGUCACCCUCAAAAGAGUCCAGAUUCAACAGGCUGCCAAUAAAGGAGCAAGAUGGCUAGGGGUUGAAGGGGACCAGCUGCCUCCGGGACAUACCGUCAGUCAGUAUGAGACCUGUAAGAUCAGGACCAUAAAAGCUGGCACCUUGGAGAAGCUCGUGGAGAACCUGCUGACAGCUUUUGGGGACAAUGACUUUACCUAUAUCAGCAUCUUCCUGUCAACAUAUAGAGGUUUCGCCUCCACUAAAGAAGUGCUGGAGCUGCUGCUGGACAGGUAUGGAAACCUGGCAAGCCCAAACUGUGAAGAAGACGGAGGCCAAAGUUCCCCAGAGUCUAAGACGGUGAUCAGGAAUGCCAUCGCCUCCAUCCUGAGAGCCUGGCUUGACCAGUGUGCGGAGGACUUCCGAGAGCCACCUCACUUCCCCUGCUUACAGAAACUCCUGGAGUAUCUCAAGCAGAUGAUGCCAGGCUCUGACCCGGAGAGACGAGCACAGAAUCUUCUGGAGCAGUUUCGCAAGCAAGAAGUAGAAACUGACAAUGGGUUUCCCAACACUAUCUCCCUCAGCCUGGAGGAGGAGGGGGAACCGGACGGUGGCGGGUCUGCAGAAUUCACGUGCUUCUCCGAAGACCUGGUGGCUGAGCAGCUGACCUACAUGGAUGCGCAACUCUUCAAGAAGGUCGUGCCUCACCACUGCCUGGGCUGCAUUUGGUCUCGCAGGGAUAAGAAGGAAAACAAACAUUUGGCUCCUACGAUCCGCGCUACCAUCUCUCAGUUUAAUACCCUCACCAAGUGCGUUGUCAGCACCAUCCUGGGCGGCAAAGAGCUCAGAACUCAGCAGAGAGCCAGAAUCAUCGAGAAGUGGAUUAACAUCGCUCACGAAUGUAGAAUCCUGAAGAAUUUCUCGUCCUUGAGGGCCAUCGUGUCGGCCCUGCAGUCCAAUUCCAUCUAUCGGUUAAAGAAGACUUGGGCUGCGGUCCCAAAGGACCGAAUGCUGAUGUUUGAAGAACUCUCAGAUAUCUUCUCAGACCAUAAUAACCAUCUGACCAGCCGGGAACUACUGAUGAAGGAAGGAACCUCAAAAUUUGCAAACCUGGACAGCAGCGUGAAAGAAAACCAGAAGCGGACUCAGAGGCGGCUGCAGCUCCAGAAGGACAUGGGCGUGAUGCAGGGGACCGUGCCCUACCUGGGCACCUUCCUGACGGACCUCACCAUGCUGGACACCGCCCUCCAGGACUACAUCGAGGGUGGACUGAUAAACUUUGAGAAGAGGAGAAGGGAAUUUGAAGUCAUUGCCCAAAUCAAGCUCUUACAGUCUGCCUGCAACAGCUAUUGCAUGACCCCAGACCAAAGGUUCAUCCAGUGGUUCCAGGGGCAGCAGCUCCUGACAGAGGAGGAGAGCUAUGCCCUCUCCUGCGAGAUCGAAGCGGCUGCCGACGCCAGCGCCACCUCGCCCAAGCCUCGGAAGAGCAUGGUGAAGAGGCUCAGCCUACUGUUUCUGGGGUCAGACAUCAUUACCAGUAGCACGCCCACCAAAGAGCAGCCCAAGUCCACCGCCAGCGGGAGCUCUGGUGAAAGCAUGGACUCUGUCAGCGUGUCAUCCUGUGAGUCAAACCACUCGGAGGCGGAGGAGGGCUCCAUCACUCCCAUGGACACACCCGACGAGCCUCAAAAAAAGCUCUCCGAGUCCUCCUCCUCGUGCUCCUCCAUCCACUCCAUGGACACAACUUCCUCAGGGAUGUCGUCCUUGAUGAACCCCCUCUCCUCCCCUCCGGCCUGCAACAACAACUCUAAAAUCCACAAGCGCUCUGUCUCCGUGACAUCCAUUACCUCGACAGGGCUGCCCCCUGUCUACAACCAGCAGAACGAAGACACCUGCAUAAUCCGCAUCAGCGUGGAGGACGACAACGGCAACAUGUACAAGAGCAUCAUGCUGACCAGCCAGGAUAAGACCCCCGCCGUGAUCCAGAGGGCCAUGUUGAAGCACAACCUGGACUCGGACCCCGCGGAGGAGUACGAGCUGGUGCAGGUCAUCUCCGAGGACAAAGAACUCGUGAUCCCAGACUCGGCAAAUGUCUUCUAUGCCAUGAACAGCCAAGUCAACUUUGACUUCAUUUUACGCAAAAAGAACUCGGUGGAGGAGCAGGUGAAACUGCGGAGCCGGACCAGCUUGACGUUGCCCAGGACAGCUAAACGGGGCUGCUGGAGCAACAGACACAGCAAAAUCACCCUCUGAAGGGAGAGACCAGUGGCCCCUCGCUUGCCAAGGGCACCGUGGGGCCAACCACAGACUGUGGGGAUUGCAUCUACCACCCAGUGUUAGAGGGUUGUUGGCAAAGUGGACAGAUAUUUAUUGGGUGCUUCCGGUGUGAUUGGCAUUCUGGGGCAACUGAAGAUGAACUUGACAUGAAAAGGAUGAAUGAGUCACUGAUUCUCUUUGAACUAUCUGAGGACGGAAAUGCAAAAUUAUCCACAUUUAUAAAUAUAUGUGUAGGCACACAUAUUUGGUAUGUAUGUGUAUAUGUAUAUAAAUACGAGGGACUUAUGGGAUAUUCUGGACUAUGGAAAAACACAUUUGCACAAUGGCCUGGGAGGCCGAGGUCACUUUUUACAGGGAAAUAGAAGGAACUGAGAACCUCGUCUCAUACCUUCCAAGUAAGUGGAACCCAUCCCAGGACUACAGAAUGUCCUUUGUGCCAGUAUUACAAGAAGUCCAAACUAUUUUUUAUAAAGGGAGAGGAUUACCUUCUCAAGCAAGUGCCGCCAGAAAAGAAGCACCGCAGCGUUGGGAGCUACCACGGGCUGCAUGAAAGGCCACCUCGGAGAGGGUUUGGAUGAGCCAGUGGCUUUCAACCUCUGCCUGCGUCUGCCGCUUCCUGCCGCCCCGGGGAAGGCGAGGAGCAGCUCCGGAGGCCCAUCUGGCCCAAAGCCCAGCUGUCACAACGUCUCUGGAGGCGAUGCAAGCCCCUGGCAUUUCCAGUCAUUGCAUUGUUUGUCCCCUACCCCCACCCCAUAAAGAACACAUCACAGCCACCGCACAGAGAGCCAUGUUCGCUGGGAACUCAGCCAGAAAAGCAAGUGCAAAAGGAUGCGGAGGCAGGCGGCCUCUGACCUGUCUCGGACGCCACUAUGUCACUGUUAGUGCCCAUCGCCGUUUGCAUGUGAAUCUAUGUCUGCAGUCUUUUGCCAUCGGGCUCGCAGUACCUCUGUGCCAUUUGCUCCUCAGGUGUAGACAUUCCCACUGCGAUUGACUGUUUGAGCCUGCGAACGAUUUCCCAAGAGCGAUUGCUCCGUUUCUAGCCCCUCGGAAGCUGUUCCCUGCCGAGAGCGGGGUCCCGUUGCACUUAGCAACUUUUACAGCGUGCCCGUGCCCCGUCCUGGGGAAAGAAACGGGGCUCCGUGUAUGAGCCCAGGCACUUCUAAAGAGGUACAUUCUCCCAAAGGCAAUGAAUAGCUAUUUUUUUUUUUUUUCAGGUUCCCACACUUGGUAUCACAGCAUCACUCACUGUUAAGUGACAUUCUUUGCCUUCGGUAACACCGCCCUCCUCUCUCUCCCAGAUCUGAGCUGUGCUGGGGUUUGACCUACAAAGCCAUAUGUGAGAUGUUAAUAUGUAUAAGAAGCACUUUCCGAAGGGUGUCCUUUUUAAAAAAAAAAAAAAAAAAUUCUCAAAAUACCAGUUUUUAUUCCAAAAAUAAAGAACAAACCCAGAUACGAAGUACAGCUGGUCAUGCGGCGCUUUCUCUUUCUCCUGUCCUGUAAGACAGCUCCCGAAGGUCCGGUGAGGUUGAUGGUGUGUAACUAGCCAUAUGAAACCUGCAGGGAGCAAGCACCGGGAACAAUCUAGAGAUGGGUGGCAGUGGUCCAAAGAAUGAGAAUGGGCCAGGAAGGCCUCAGAUUCCCUGUAGGUCUUUCUAGAGCUGCACUGUCAAGACCAACUGGUUUCACCUGGUUGAGAUGCACUUUCUUCUGUUGGCGAGGGUGGUCCAGUUUGUGCUUUUGUGCUUGGAAGAAGCAUGGCCAGGAUGCUAGACGUUGUGAAGACUGAAGGAAGUGUAGCCUCAGCCUGAGUGUCUUGGUUCAAAGGUCAAAAAGAAAAGGUAGAGCUGUCGGCCUGGUUUAGGGUGUGGCUACCAAGACCUGGAUGUUUCGCCCAUGUGCUUACCUUGUGGAUUUAUACUGUGUUUGUAGAGUCUAGAUUUAUCUACUGCAGUGUAAAAAAAAAAA